AUGGACCAGGAUGGCUUGUUCCUCAUGCUCAAGAUGUGCAACGGCUGCAGCCACAACAAGGGGAGCUGGAAGAAGUGCAUGUCAAGGAGGCACAACCCCAGGAUGUCCACGGUCCGUGAGGACGAGCUGACGUACAGCCACCGACAGUGCGUCAAGCCGGACCAGGCCAUCACCAUCUACAAACUCCACGACCACGAGACGAACGAGGACUACCUGGAGUUCGACGAGAAGAUUAUCUUUCAGACGGCGUGCCGCAUGUGUCUCAAUAUCAAGUCCUGCCUCAGGGAGGGACACAAGCUCAUCGACUGGAGGCCAACCUUCGCCGGAGGCAGGGUGGCCGGCUCCUCGCACCCCCCCCCCAGCCCCCCCGCCUCUACCCCCGCGCCUACGCCCCCGCCGCCGCCGCCCGCGGCCCGUGGCGGUGGAUCGAGGAGGGGUGGCGGGGGCCCCGGCAGGGCGCCGAGGAGUGCUAGAGGGAGGUCAGCAAGCACCUCGGUAGUGGACGACGAGAUGGAGGUUGUCGAAGAUUAUGGUGAUGGUGGUGGUACUGGCCGGAAGGUGUUCCCUGCGGGCGGAAGGGGGCGGAGGGGACAUGCUGCUGCUGCUGCUGCUGCUGGCGGUGCUCCGCAGGAGUCGACGGCGACGCGUAGGGGUCCUCACAAGCGCAAGUCGCCGGCCUCUUCCGCCUACCCGCGGUCCGCGAGCUCGCAUCAGCUAAUGCAGCUGAAGGUGUGCUAUUGUUAG